AUGGCUUAUAAAACAUUAGUGGGAUCGGUAUUGAUUAUUUUGGUAUUGGGUAUUUGGCAUUGUCAGGCUGGUACUAUUUCAUGCCUACAACCCGGUCGUGUUUAUCAAUGCCCAGCUGACAACUGCACAUUAGUUGGCUACGUUCGUGCCGGGCUGGACUAUCCAAGUGAUUGUUUUGUUCUCAGAAAACCGAUUCGAAAUGCGGUUACUGAAAAUCCAAAAUGGUAUCAUGCCAGUUUACCGAGCGGCAGAAAUGGUUAUGUUAAUGCUUUCUUUUGCGAAGGUGAUGUUCCUCAUUGUAAGAACCGCUAA